CUCAUCAAUUCGCGGUAACAAUCAUUUGGCACGUGUUGUCGUUGAGCGAACGAAUACAAACACAACAUUUUACAGUUUUUGCUUUGUCUUACAAAUUGUAAAUAUGCUUAACUCAGAUAAACCGAAGCCAACGGCUGCAGCCAAAAGCGAAAAUAAGCCAACAACUAAAAAGCCGCCAACCAAAAAUAAUGUUGGCGCAAAGGGUAAACCCGUGAAUAAAUUCAAAACCGCUGGAAAACGCGGCUACGAGGGCAAAAAUAAUAAGUUUGCAGCUGGUGGUAAGCCGCAGGCUGGCCAAAACGAAGUCAGCGAAAAGCAGGACUGGACUAAGUUCAAGCAGGAGAAGAAGGAGCUUAAGCUAAAACGCAAAAGCAACCGCGACACCUACGAAGUCACACAGGAGGUCAAGAAAAUCUACGAACAGGUUAAAUGUCGUCGCACCCAAAACAAGGAUAAACUGGUGGAGCAAAUGUACAAAAUUCUCAACGUGGGCGACACCAUCUCCAAGGUGGCCAAGGCACACGACACCGCACGCGUACUACAAUGCAUGCUGAAGCAUGCGACACCCGCACUGCGCGCCGAGCUCUCCGACAAACUGAUGGCGCACGCCGUGGAGAUGUGCCAGUCGAAAUAUGCGCACUUUUGUGUUCAGCGCAUGCUCAAGUAUGGCUCACCGGCCACCAAAGGCAAGCUGGUUGAUGCUCUGUUGGGUAAUGUGGUGCGGCUGUCGGGUCACAACAUUGCCAGCAAAAUAUUGGAUCACAUCUAUUUGAAUGGUACCGAAAAGCAGCGGCGCUACAUGCGCCAGGAGUUCUACAGCGAUCUGUACAAGAAAUCCAAGGACGAUGAUGUGCACACCCUGAGCGACACAUACAAGGAUGCUGCCAACAUGAAGGCCUCCAUAAUGGGCGCCGUCAAGGCCAAUCUGGAUCAUAUUGCCAAUAAAAAUCUGGUUGACAAUUCUCUGGUGCAUGCCGUCAUACUCGAGUUUAUGCAGGCCACCGACGAAGAGAAGCUGGAGGAAACGGUCACCGCCCUGGCUCCAUUGAUACCGCACAUGCUGACCACCAAGGAUGGCACCGAGGCGGCCAUUAUAUGUUUCUACAGGUCAACACCGAAAAAUCGCAGAGCCAUUAUUAAGAACAUCAAGGAGCAUCUGCUGAAGAUUGCCAUACACGAGCAUGGUCAUGUCUUUCUCAUAGCGCUGUUGAAUGCCCUCGACGACACAAAGGCCACCAAAAAGGCCAUCUAUGAUCAUUUGCACGGGGAUCUAAAGACUCUAGUGGCCAAUCAGUAUGGACGUCGUGUCGUCCAGUGGCUGGUCGCACCCGGUGAUACAACUUGCUUUCAUCCGGGCUUCAUUAAGACCAUCGAACAGGGCUUGGCCUAUGGCAAAAAGGAGAAACAGGCACGUCGUCAGGAGAUUUUGGAACAGAUCGAGGCACCCAUUGCCCAGACCAUUGCUGAGGAUCCCGCAUUUUGGCUUUCCAACAGUCACAUCGGACUGGUCACAGCUGACAUACUUAACCACAUAACUGGUGAAAAGUAUAUUAAAGCCGUCACAGCGUUGGCUCCGGUGGUCACAGCUGCCGACUGGCGCGUCUCCACAUUGCCAACUGAAGGUGCUGCACAGAACAAGAAGAAACCGCAUGAUGUGGAGGCCUACAUAGCCGAGGCCACAAAGGAGCGUAAGAAUAAGAAUCAGAUAAAUGCCGGCGCACCACCGCCCGUCAGCAGCGACGAAGAGAGCGAUUCGGAGGAGGGCACCACACCAGCGAAAAAACCAAAAGAGGACGAAGCCAAAGCUGCGUUGGAGUUGCCCACUGUCGUUGGCAUUGAGGAUGCCGGCAUGCAUCAUGUGCUCAAAAAGAUUAUUAAAAAUGACCAGAAACACGAAGCAGCUCCAUUUGGCACUCAGCUGCUGCAGCAUUUGUCCAGCGAUGUGCUUAAAUCCUGGCUGGGCAUCAAUCGGGCAUGCUAUGUGCUCGUCAAGCUGGUGGAGGAUUCGCCAGCCCAGCUGAACAGCUGCCGUGCGCUUAUCGAGGAGCACGAACUGGGCGAAGUGCUGCUCAGCGAAAAGUCGUCGGGUGCCAAGAUGUUGGCCAGCAAACUGAAGAAAUAGAAACAUGCUAAUAACUUCUAGUUUUUAGUCAUCUAUUGAUUAGUUUUAGUAAAUGCGCUUGAAAAUAACGAUACUAUAUUUAAAUAGAGUAUAUUUAUACUCCCUUUUUAAA